GUUUUGGCCAUCGGAAGACAACCGAUGUGGGACCAUGGCCUUCCCAAGAUCCAUGUGGCUGAACUGCGUGUGGAGAGCGAUGCUAGUCCGCCUGUUGCACAUGGGUUUGGAUGCCACGUUCACUUUUUGCAUACUUGGUUUCUUGCUUCACGCUGCUGCUGUGUCGUCACAAAAAUUGGAUGAUACCGACCCGGUGGUGACGACCAGCUUUGGCAAAGUCAGGGGGAUGAAGAAGGAAUUAAACAAUGAGAUUUUGGGACCGGUCAUCCAGUUUUUUGGGGUUCCUUAUGCCGCCCCUCCCGUUGGGGAGCGCCGAUUUCAACCUCCUGAACCUCCGUCUCCUUGGCCAGAUAUCAGAAAUGCUACACAGUUUGCUCCAGUGUGUCCCCAGAACAUUAUAGAGGGCAGGUUACCUGAAGUCAUGCUUCCUGUCUGGUUUACUAAUAACUUGGAUAUAGUUUCGACUUACGUACAAGAUCAGAAUGAAGACUGCUUGUAUUUAAAUAUAUAUGUCCCGACUGAAGAUGUCAAAAGAAUAUCCAAGGAAUGUGCCAGAAAACCCGGCAAGAAAAUUUGUAGAAAAGGAGGUCCCCUAACAAAGAAACAGACAGAUGAUUUAGGUGAUAAUGAAGGUGCGGAGGAUGAAGACAUUCGAGAUAGUGGGGGGCCCAAACCAGUGAUGGUGUAUAUUCAUGGAGGGUCCUACAUGGAAGGCACAGGAAAUUUAUAUGAUGGCAGUGUGCUGGCGAGUUAUGGCAAUGUGAUAGUCAUCACCGUCAACUACCGGCUUGGGGUACUUGGUUUCUUGAGCACCGGGGACCAAGCAGCCAAGGGGAACUAUGGCCUCCUUGAUCUCAUCCAGGCCUUGAGGUGGACUAGUGAAAACAUUGGGUUCUUUGGGGGCGACCCGCUGAGAAUCACCGUUUUUGGAUCUGGCGCCGGCGGUUCAUGUGUCAAUCUCUUGACUUUGUCCCAUUAUUCUGAAGGACUUUUUCAGCGGGCAAUAGCUCAAAGUGGGACAGCUCUCUCUAGUUGGGCAGUCAGUUUUCAGCCUGCAAAAUAUGCCAGGAUGUUGGCUACAAAAGUGGGCUGCAAUGUGUCAGAUACGGUAGAAUUGGUAGAAUGUCUACAGAAGAAACCUUACCGAGAACUCGUUGACCAGGAUAUUCAACCUGCCCGGUACCACAUAGCCUUUGGUCCAGUGAUAGAUGGGGAUGUGAUACCCGACGACCCUCAGAUAUUGAUGGAGCAAGGAGAGUUCCUCAACUAUGACAUAAUGUUGGGAGUUAACCAAGGAGAAGGGUUGAAGUUUGUGGAAAACAUUGUGGACAGCGAAGAUGGCAUCUCGGCCAGCGACUUUGACUUUGCCGUUUCAAACUUUGUCGAUAACUUGUACGGAUACCCGGAAGGCAAAGACAUACUAAGAGAAACCAUUAAAUUUAUGUACACUGACUGGGCAGAUAGACACAACCCAGAAACCCGGAGGAAAACAUUGUUGGCUUUGUUUACUGAUCAUCAAUGGGUUGCGCCAGCAGUGGCUACAGCUGAUCUCCAUUCCAAUUUUGGAUCACCCACAUAUUUUUAUGCCUUUUACCAUCAUUGCCAAACAGAUCAGGUACCUGCGUGGGCGGAUGCCGCCCACGGGGAUGAAGUCCCUUAUGUUUUGGGGAUCCCAAUGAUAGGUCCUACUGAAUUGUUUCCUUGUAAUUUUUCCAAAAAUGAUGUCAUGCUAAGUGCAGUCGUGAUGACAUACUGGACAAACUUUGCAAAAACUGGGGAUCCAAAUCAACCAGUCCCACAAGAUACAAAGUUCAUUCACACAAAACCUAAUCGGUUUGAGGAAGUAGCAUGGACCAGAUACUCCCAGAAAGACCAGCUUUACCUUCACAUUGGAUUAAAACCGCGAGUGAAAGAACAUUACAGGGCCAAUAAAGUGAACCUGUGGUUGGAACUGGUACCUCACCUGCACAAUCUUAAUGACAUUUCACAGUAUACCUCUACGACAACUAAAGUGCCAUCAACUGAUAUUACUUUCAGGCCAACACGGAAAAAUUCAGUACCUGUAACUUCAGCCUUUCCUACAGCCAAGCAAGAUGAUCCCAAACAACCACCGAGCCUAAUUUCCGGGGAUCAAAGAGACUAUUCCACGGAGUUGAGUGUAACUAUUGCUGUUGGAGCAUCUUUGCUGUUCCUGAACAUUUUAGCCUUUGCAGCUCUGUACUAUAAAAAGGACAAGAGGAGACAUGACGUCCAUCGGAGAUGUAGCCCACAGCGCACUACGACCAAUGAUCUCACCCAUGCACAAGAAGAGGAAAUAAUGUCCCUCCAAAUGAAGCACACUGACUUGGGUCAUGAAUGUGAGUCCAUCCAUCCACACGAGGUGGUUCUUCGGACCGCCUGCCCCCCAGACUACACACUAGCUAUGAGGCGGUCACCUGAUGAUAUUCCCUUGAUGACCCCCAACACCAUUACAAUGAUACCUAACACUAUACCAGGGAUUCAACCCCUACACACAUUUAAUACAUUUACCGGUGGACAGAAUAACACUCUGCCCCAUCCCCACCCACACCCACACCCCCAUUCACAUUCAACAACUAGGGUAUAGCCAGACAAGAUGAAACAAACUUUUAUUUUUUGGUGGAUUACAGUGGGGGAUAAUUAUGGAAGACGUGACUUGGCUUUCAACCUACAAGACUCUUACUAUUUAAAUAUGGAGGAAUAUUAUGUGAAUAUACAUAUCAAGAACUUUGGGGGUUUGGGGAAAAAUGAAUUGUACAUAUAUACAAAUGAACUUUUAAAAGAAAAAGUAUAACUUUUUACAAUUGCUUGAAGCAAUUGUCCUGAAUGAUACUUUUUUCAUUCACAUUCAAGUAUUAAUUUUUUUGAGGAUUUAAGUUACAUAACGGAAUUAGGCAUGUGCAACAAAAUCAGAAAGGAAACGAUGACUGAAAAUUAAAAAAAAUGAAUAAAGUUCUAUCAAUAUGCACAAGGGACACAUUAAUGGAAUGUCAGAUAAUUUUCACCCGUUUUGAUUUCGAACUGUUUUCUUGUGUAGACCAUAUUUACAUAUUUGGAUAAUUAUACAAAGCACCGAUGCUGUUAAAGGCCUUCAAAAUGGGCUCAUUUGCUGAGAUCUGCCAAGGAAAAAAGGGGGGAAAGUUUUAGAACCUGGCAGAUAUGACAUUAUCACAUAAGCGCUGUCAGUAUAAACGUUGUGGGAAUAAAGGAAACGGGAUAUUUUUAGCACGAUGUGCAUGAUAAUUUAUUAUGCUUGGUGGCUGUGCUGCUGAUUAAGCCGUAAUUAAAAUUCUUCUCAUCCCAUUGGGGUUCUGAAUAGAAGUGUCUUCCCUCAAUUGGCAUAAACUAAGGGAGGUUUAUUUUAA